AUGUUUCACUACCACACGAAGCCCCUGUAUCAAGUACACCCCCCUUUAGAUGCAGUGGAGUACCGAGAUAAUCUUAUGGGCAGUGUCGUCAAAUAUCCAGAUAUGCCCACAGAGAGAUAUGUCCCCUACAAAAUCGAAAAAUUGCCAAAGAACAUCAUAUUAAAACUGAACCCUCCCACCCAGGUCCGGAAUAUCAAGUUUUGGACGCAUAGAAUCAAAGACACCAAGGUUUUAUCCUCGGUCAACGAAGUUCUUGAGAGAUUCCACGAGGGUUCGAAUGCAACAAUGGUAACUAAAGCGCUGCUAUGGCAUAUGGAUUUACCAGGCGAGAAGUUCAAGGAACUCCUAAAACAAAGAGCCUAUUUGGAGCAGGUGGUCGACCUGCUGAGGAAUAGUAAGAAUCAUGAGGGGUAUUUCGUUACAGAUAUCGUCACGCUGGUAAACUAUGAGGCGGCCGUAGAGUCUCGAAACUCACGAACGAAUAGUGUAACAGAGCAGGUGCUUGUUAAUCCCUCCUUGGGGGUAGAGGUUGGUGCUAGCAUUCAGCAUCGAGUUUCCAGUAAGUACUGGUACUCUGGAUGCUAUGAGGGGGAAACAAUUAUGUUUAUUGGAUAUCAUUGCGUAAAACUGAAGAAGAUGGAUGGCGCCAUGGCAAAGCUUGGGAGGUUGUUUUUAGGUCAAAACCAUGGCCUCAAGGUGCGGUAUGGGUUCGACUUAUGGCCACAAACAAUUGGGGGUCCUGCCGAGAGAGGUAUGGAAAUACACUUGGACGAUACAAGCGGGAGAAACAUAACUGUCAAGGAACAACGGGUACCACUACCAGAUGACCACGCCGAAAUUGUCAGGGCGCUGGGGUUUGAUGUUGAGAUUGUGGGAUGA